AUGCCAUAUUGCUCUGUCGUCACAAUGUUUCUAUUGUGGUCAAAGCAGUGCAGCCACUUCCUCGUUUGCACAUGCCGCACACGCAGAUGCUGUCAUUCUGGUGUAGUCCAAAAUGAACACACCUUCCAAGUGGCUGGAUACAAUGGAUGUAAAACCGGAAAUGGCGGCGAUGGUAGUAAAAUCAAUUUUACUUUGCAUAAUCUGCUUGACUUACAAAUAGGGGGUGCUCUCUGGAAGCGAUGGACAAGAUACUGUGAAUCUUCCACGUCAGAGAAUGGCUGCGUAUUAUGGCAAUAA